AUGUGGCUUCUCCUCACCUUCUCCUUCCUGCUGACAUCUGCAGGUGAGGUGGGCCCAGGUCAGGUCCGGUGGCCCAGGAGGGGUGAUGAGUGUGCGCCCCGCCCCCAGCCAUGGCAGGUGGCCCUCUUCGAGCAUGGACACUUUAACUGCGGUGGUUCCCUCGUCUCCCCGCACUGGGUGUUCUCUGCAGCCCAUUGCCAAACGCGCUAUGAAGGCUUAGGCUCCGUGAGAGUGCGCUUAGGCGAGCACAAUCUGCGCCAGCGCGAUGGCCCAGAGCAACUGCGGGCUGUUUCCUCUGUCCCACAUGCGCAUUACGAAGCGCAGAGCCACCGUCACGAUAUCCUGUUACUGCGUCUAACCCGGCCCGCACGCGUCUCUACCAAAGUGCCCCGGGUCCCGCUGCCCACGCACUGCCCCCAGCCCAGCGAGGCCUGUGUGGUGUCUGGCUGGGGCUUGGUGUCUGACAACAAGCCUGGGGCCACACGGAGCCCAGUGUCACAAGCGAGACUCCCAGAUACGCUGCAUUGAGCCGACAUCAGCAUUAUCUGGGCUACAUCUUGUAACGAGGACCAUGCAGGGCGCCUGGUGAACACAACGCUGCGUGCGGGCGUGGGGGGCGGAGGCACGGACUCCCGUGAGGGUGACUACGGGGGACCCCUGGUCUGUGGGGAUGUCCUGCAGGGCAUUGUGUCCUGGGGUGAUGUCCCCUGCGACACAACCACCAAGCCCAGUGUCUGUACCAAAGUCUGCAGCGACUUGGAGUGGAUCAAGGAAACCAUGAAGAAGAACUGA